AUGAGCGUUGUCGCCAGUAGACCUACGAGCACGCCUGUCUCCUACAGCGCUAUUCCUCAUCAAAGCCAGGUCAUUUCAGAUUACAAGGAUUCGAUGUAUGCCGUGACGGUGCAGCCGGUCUCAUCUCGCACAUCAUCAGUCUCUUCAUUCAAAAGCAAUUACAGUGUUUCAACUGCACCCACAGAAUACUCUACCUCCCCUGUCUUCUCGGCAUCACAUCCUCGCUUCUGCGACUCGGCUGCGUCUCUGGACAAGAUCUUGGAGUCGGUCUUCAAGCGUUUACCCCAGGAGGUGUACGAUGUGAUUUUAGAUCAAUUAUACUACUUACAUACAGGCCCCAACCAAAAUGGAUGCCUAACAUGCUUCCAACGCGACUUACAUGCGCUCUCACUAACCUGUCGCCCGUGGGAGAAGGCAGUCAGAGCAAGACUGUACAACCGUAUACACAUCAUUGGGAACGAUUCACCGAACCAAUUGAAGAAAUAUCGAUUGAAGCGCGGAAGUCGCCUCAAGCUAUUACGGCGAACCCUCCGGGAGAGGAAAUUGCUGGCCAAUCUUGUUCUAGAGCUUCGGGUACCCCAAUUAGACCUGCUAUUCACAACAAUCAGACACAGUACCCAAUGGCAGGAAUAUCGGGAUUUGGUCGCGUCCGUGGUCAUGGUCUGCCCGAAUUUGGAACGGCUGCUGGGCUUGACCAUUCCUUACCAUCACGAAUUUGACCGCCUGACACAUGCGUUAUCGACGCGGCGGAAGCUGAAGGAGCACACGUGGAUCUUGGGAGAGGCUGCGGCGAUAACUGAGAGAUCGCCUCGAAGUACAUACUGCCCCUGGAGCUUGGGUCCAUCACAAAUGUUCGAGUUCCUCGACUAUCAUGCGCAGUGGACAUCCUUGGAAACUCUAAUGCUUUACGGGCUCGAUGAGAAAAACUCCCUAGAGCCAAGUAUCUUCCUUCGCAUGUGCAGUGAGCUCCCUUCGUUGCGAAACCUCUGCAUCUCCAAUUUCGACGCAGACGCCUUCAAUGACAGCACCUUGCAAUGCCUACCACCGCUGGAAUCGCUCCGCCUGGAAAAUCUCCCGGGAGUCACCGACACGGGCCUCUGCCAGUACGCAUCGCAACCCGAGUCUAGCUCCCUUGAAUCUCUCGCUCUUAUUGAGCAAAACAUCGACUCGCUCCUGGUGAUCUCGAAAAUGCUAGCAUCUCUCAGUCAGCUUAAACGCUUCACUUUCGUUCAAAGCAAUAAAUGCCCGACGCUGAAUACCGACGGUAUCGUUUUCCAGCCGCUUUUGGCCUCGUCAAGUCUCGAAUAUCUUCACUGGGAUGUUUCCGGCCCCGACUCCGGUGCUGCCUUGGGCAGACUCGACUACGUCCCGUUCAUCAAACCACCCCGGCAUACGGAUUCACCAAACUCACAUCUUGCUCAAAGCAUUCUUGCUAGCGGAUUUCCUCGCCUCGAGGCUCUGCGUGCGCCCUCAGACAUAGAACCUCCCGGGGUCUUGCAGGCUGUGUGCCAGCCUAUGCCACGUGGACAGGCGCUGCUCAAACCUGAUCGCUAUAGUCUUCCCCGCAGCUCCCAUGGUUCAGUCACAACCCGGCCAAUGGCAUUACCCGCAGGAAACAACUUGACUUCUGCUCGCAUCCGAGCCCAAACAUUCAUCGAUAUGGCCGCGAAGGAUACGGAAACUGGGAUGAGAUUCCUCGUUACCGACCAUUCAGACUCCUAUGUACCGGACAACGCACUCGAAGAUGAGUCUUCCGACGAUGAAUCUGAUCUUGGAAUGGACGAGUUUGACAUCGGCGGCGUGGGACGCGAGCGGCAAAACCACGAUGUCGAGACGGAUGAGCAUGAGGGACCGGCUGUUGUGUACCAUUUCCAUAUGCCGGCAUUUAUGGGCAGAAUUGGUUCCAGGACCAGUGCACAGGACGUUUCGAUCCCGCGGUUUGUUCUUCGACCGGAUAUACCUGGGCAGGAUGGAGAUGGGGGAUUGGUUUCGUGGAAGAACGUACACGCUUCUAAUCAAUCCCUGACAUACGCUGCUGGAGUUGGGGCGGACUGCUUUGGGGUCAAGGGACACACCAAGCCGCUGGCUGAGGAGCCGCCAUCCCCGACCUCGACUACUACUUCACGAUUUGGAUGGGGGAGCAUCGGAAGCCGUUCCGCGCUGGGUACGAGUCCGAAUACGCCUAUAACCCCGUCCACGCCAAUGUCGAUAGCAGCACUUCCCUGGGAUCGCGAUGCUUGCACUGGGUCGUGGAACUACAGUCACCGAAGUGGACGAGAAUGGUGGUUCCAUAUGGAACGAGACCGCCCGGGAAAUGUCGAGAUUGUCGAUGUCAAGCGGCUGUUCUAA